CUGACCAAGGAAUUACUGGGGAAGUUGGUGGUAGAGGGAGGCUAUUGACAUGUCACAGGAAGAUGCUCAAAAAUGUAGAGCACAUGGAGAAGAUCUCCAUGCUGGCUUUCCAUCCAGUUAAGAUGCACAGCUGCUAUGAGAAGGUGGUGAACCUGAGCCUUGAGGGUCUGCAGCAACAGUUUAACGUGAGCAGCCCGUCAGUGUUUGUCCAAAGGGCCCAGAUCCCCAUGAGAGAGAUGUUUGAGCAGAUCCUUCAUCAGAGUCUCGAGUCUCAGGGUACAGAGGAGCUGUGUAAGAUCAUCCAGCACUGCCAGGACAGAGUCAUUAAGGAAUGUUGUCGUGACCUAUGGCCUUUGUGGACCAAGUGAGGGUGGACCAUG